UGGGGCCUCGGCGAUGUGCCGGGGACGGGAAAUUCGGCGGUUUCGGCGACUGCUAGGAAUUGGCCCGGUUGCCGAUUGCGAGAAGGGCGGGCGCGGGUGGCGGCGGCUGCAAGGGUGGUGAUGGUGCCCGGCGGGCCAUGCUGCUGAAGCUCCUGCAGAGACAGACCUACACCUGUCUGUCCCACCGAUAUGGGCCCUGCCUUUGCCUUGGAGGCAUUGUCCUCCUGCUCGUCUCCGCCCUACAGUUCGGCGAGGUUGUAUUGGAGUGGAGCCGGGACCAGUACCAUGUCCUGUUUGACUCUUACAGGGAUAACGUGGCUGGGAAAUCGUUUCAGAACAGGCUUUGCUUACCUAUGCCUAUCGAUGUGGUGUAUACCUGGGUAAAUGGCACAGAUGUUGAAUUGAUCAAGGAACUGCAACAGGUGAGGAAACAGAUGGAAGAAGAACAGAGAACAAUAAGGGAAUUUCUUGGAAAGAAUGUCACUGAGCCAACAAAGAAAAGUGAAAAACAACUGGAGUGUUUAUUGACGCAUUGCAUCAAAGUGCCAAUGCUUGUCUUGGACCCCGCUUUGCCAAACAACGUUACUCUUAAGGACCUGCCAUCUGUCUAUCCUCUGCUGCGAUCUGCCAACAAUAUAUUCUCUGUUGCAAAGCCAAAAAAUCCUUCCACCAACGUGACGGUUGUUGUUUUUGACACUGCUAAAGAAGCUGAAGAUGCCCAUUCCCUGAUGUUGAAGGAGAGUAUCAAGCAAACGGCAUGGAGGGGAUAUUUGACUACUGAUAAAGAAGUUCCAGGUUUAGUGAUAAUGCAAGAUUUGGUGUUCCUGAAAGGAUUUCCACUUACUUUCAAAGAAACAAACCAGCUAAGAGCAAAGUUGCCAGAAAUCCUUGUUUCCAAAAUAAAGCAGUUGCAGCUUUAUUCUGAAGCCAGUGUAGCACUCUUGCAACUGAUUGAUCCCAAGGUUUUCCAAGAGCUGAACAAACAAGCAAAGAAGAAUAUGACUAUAGAAGGAAAAGAACUGGCCCUUAACCCAGCUUAUUUAUUGUGGGAUCUCAGUGCCAUCAGCCAGUCUAAACAGGAUGAAGAUAUUUCACCCAGCCGCUUUGAAGAUAAUGAAGAGUUGCGGUACUCAUUGCGAUCAAUAGAGAGGCAUGCCCCAUGGGUACGGCAUAUCUUCAUAGUCACAAAUGGGCAGAUUCCUUCCUGGCUCAAUUUGGACAACCCUCGGGUUACUAUAGUAACACAUCAGGACAUAUUCCAGAAUGUGAGUCAUCUGCCUACCUUUAGUUCCCCUGCCAUUGAAAGCCAUAUUCACCGCAUUAAAGGUCUGUCCCAGAAGUUCGUUUAUUUAAAUGACGAUGUGAUGUUUGGGAAGGAUGUCUGGCCUGAUGAUUUCUAUAGCCACUCCAAAGGGCAAAAGGUUUAUUUGACUUGGCCAGUGCCCAACUGUGCUGAAGGAUGUCCGGGUUCGUGGAUUAAAGAUGGUUACUGUGAUAAAGCCUGUAACAACUCUGCUUGUGACUGGGAUGGAGGCGAUUGUAUUGGUAACAGUGUGGGUAGCCGUUAUGGUGCUGGUGCUGGAGCUGUUGGAGGUCUAGGAAACAUCCCCUCCUGGCAGUUUGGUGCAGGAAUAAGUGGAGUUUCUUAUUGCAGCCAAGGCUGCGCAAAUUCAUGGCUGGCUGACAAAUUCUGUGAUCAGGCAUGCAACGUUCCCUCUUGUGGAUUUGAUGCUGGUGACUGUGGACAAGAUCACUUUGGUGAGUUGUACAAGGUAACUCUUCAAAAGAAUCAGACUCAUUAUAUCAUCCCGAAAGGUGAAUCUCUACCUUAUUUCAGCUUUGCUGAAAUAGCCAAGAAAGGACUAGAAGGCGCUUAUAGUGACAACCCAAUAAUACGCCAUGCUUCUAUUGCUAACAAAUGGAAGACAAUCCACCUGCUAAUGCAUAGUGGAAUGAAUGCAACUGUAAUUCAUUUUAAUCUUACCUUUCAAAGUAAAGAUGAAGAGGAAUUCAAGAUGCAAAUGACCUUAGAAGUGGAUACUAGGGAGGAAUCCAAAUUGAAUACAACUGCCACCCAGCAGCCUGCGGGAGAUUUGAAAGCUACAACUUCAGUGCCAGAAGCGGAAAUGAUAUUUGAGGAUAUUCCAGAAGAAAGACGUUUCCCAAGAGUUAAAAAAUAUCCCAAUGGUACAUCCAGUAAUUUAGAUGAAGAAAUGGUAAUUCAGGCAGUUAAUAUGUCUGCGCUUCCUGAAGAUGUAAAGAUAGCUCUGCAGAAUUUGGAAUUGCAGCUCAUAGUUGGCGAUAUUACUCAGAAGGGUUAUAAUCUAUCCAAGGCUGCUCUCCUUCGACCACUCCAAUUGAUGCCUUCAGAAACAAAGACGGUGCUAAAUGAUCUUGAGGAAUCAAGGAGGAGAGACAAAGGGCUGAAAAUCAUUGGAAAGACCAUGCUUUGGCAGAGAUCUUUCCAAAAUGACAAUGAAGGCAAAAUAGUACCUACAGAAAAAAUGCACAAUACGUCUCUCCCAGGAUUUGUUCCAACAAGUAGCAUUCUGGUGGAAAUGAAGGUAACCAAUGAUUUUUCUCUAAGCUACCGCUCUACAGUAAAGCCCACACUUGUUGUCAGGAAUAUGGAUAAAAAGCAUGGAUUUCAGGUUAAAGCCUUGAAUACCCUUAUGCAGAAAGAAAUCCAGGAAAGGAAAAUUGAACAACGAAAGAAGAAAGAAGCAGGUGUAAAUCCAGCAUUUUCUGAGGAAGGCAUCAUAGAAGGUCCGAGAAGAAAAUUACAAUAUUACAUCGGAAAUUAUCAAGGCUUUUUGCCAUGGGAAAAACAUAAGUAUUUCCAAGAUCUUCUUGAUGAAGAAGAAUCAUUAAAGAAGGAGCUGGCUUAUUUCACAGAAAGUAAACUUGUUGGAAGACAACUGAAAGAUACAUUUGCUGAUUCCCUCAGAUAUGUAAAUAAGCUUCUAAAUGGAAAAUUUGGAUUCACCUCUCGGAAAGUCCCUGCUCAUAUGCCCCAUAUGAUAGAUCGAAAAGUCAUGCAGGAAUUACAGGAUCUUUUUCCUGAGGAAUUUGACAAGACCUCCUUUCAUAAAGUACGCCAUUCUGAAGAUAUGCAGUUUGCCUUUUCAUAUUUCUAUUACCUCAUGAGUGCAGUUCAACAACUCAAUAUUUCCCAGGUUUUUGAUGAAAUUGAUACAGAUCACUCUGGAAUAUUAUCUGACCGGGAAAUUCGUACAUUGGCCACAAGAAUUCAUGAACUCCCUUUAAGUUUGCAGGAUUUAACAGGACUGGAGCAAAUGUUAAUAAAUUGUUCUAAAUCCCUUCCAUUAAAUAUAACUCAAAUUAACAUCGUACCACCAACUCAAGAGGCAUACUAUGAUCCCAAUCUGCCUCCAGUGACUAAAGGUCUGCUAAUGAACUGUAAACUUGUGACUGAUAGAAUUCGUAAAGCAUAUAAGGACAAAAACAAAUAUAGGUUUGAAAUUAUGGGAGAAGAAGAAGUAGCAUUCAAAAUGAUCCGUACAAAUGUUUCUCAUGUAGUUGGACAGCUUGAUGACAUACGAAAAAAUCCCAGAAAAUUUGUUUGUCUUAAUGACAACAUUGAUCACAAUCAUAAGGAUGCCCAGACUGUAAAGGCCGUUCUUAGGGAUUUUUAUGAAUCCAUGUUUCCCAUCCCAUCACAAUUUGAACUACCCAGAGAAUAUCGAAAUCGCUUUCUUCAUACACAGGAGCUUCAGGAAUGGAGAGCCUACAGGGAUAAGCUGAAAUUCUGGACGCAUUGUGUAUUAGUCACAUUGAUUGUAUUCACAGUCACCUCAUUUUUUGCUGAGCAGCUAAUAACUUUCAAACGAAAAUUUUUUCCAAGGAGGAGGAUUCAGAAAGAAGUUUGUUAUGAACGAAUGAAAGUGUAAAAGAAUGCUUAUUUGUAAAUCAGACUACCUCAACAUGUGAUAAGCAUGUAAAGUCUUCAGUUAUUUCUGGAGAAGUGGCCCCAUUCCCUUAUUGCUGUGUUUCUAUGUGUGAUCCAUGCUACUGAAUUUAGAAAGGGAAAAAUUGUUUGUGAGGCAGGAAGCAUUGCGUUGCCAGAUUUCAAAUGUUUGUGACUCACAAGUGAUCUUCUGAAUGCUUUAUCCUUUUCAUAAUAAGGGUUACUGAAAAAUAGCUGCAUUUAUUGCAGCAUCCAUUGCCAAUGAAAUAUAAUACUGGAAAGUUAUGUUUCUAUUAGAUGUGUUCUAAGCUUCUGUCGCAAGGCUCUUAAUAAACUAUUAACCAUUUGGUUACUUCUUUAGUUUGUUUAUUCUGUUCUCUGAAUCAGAAAACAUACAAAUUUGGGCAGUAAUUCUGCAUCCCACUAAUACAAAGAGGGGUGUGUGUGCUAGUAUACAUCAAAAUCGUUAUCACAAGUAUGUCAUGGUAUUCUUUGCUGCAGCCAGUUAGAUCAAUAGGAUGGUUUAUGUUACUAAUUUCAAAUUCCUUAUCUGUAGAUUACAAGAGAAGGAAGAAUGUGAUAUGAAGCCUAAAAGAGAAUCAGUUUCCAGAUGUUUUUAUGAAUGUGCAAGUAAUCUUUAAAUUGACAGAAUUCCCCGGUAGCAUUGGAGCACAACUGGAAUCAUUAUCAGGGUUAGAGUCCUACUGUUCAUCUAUGGGAGCCACUGUGAAUCUUGCACUUGUAACACAAAGGGGCAAAAUUGCUAUUUUUAGCUACUUCCUAUAUUGCUACUUCCAAUUUACAUGCCACCUACUUAUGGUAAAGUAUUUAUAUGUAAUGGAUUCAACUAUAGAUUAUUUUCUCAAAGAAAUAUUCAAAAUGUCAGUUUUGUUGCUAUAUUUUCUGUAAUUAGGUACAAAAGAAAUUGGUACAUAAAUACUGUUCAAAUGUGUGGUGCUACCUUUGUUGAUCAUAAUGUAAAUUGCUGCUCAAUCCACUUAGUCAAAUUUUAGUCACAUUAAUAACUGAAUGCCGAAUUAACAUUUAAAGGUUACAGUCUAGUAAAGAGGCUUAGAUGUAACUAUUAUUUAUACAAACAUGUAUAUUUUAGCAGUAAAAAUGGGUUGCUACAUUUUGUCAUACAUUGUAUUGCUUUGUAAGUGUAUUAGCAUGAUACUGACUUAAUUUCUCAUAUCAUGUUUUUUGAAAACUGAGAUUUGUUCCAUAAUCUGCAUUAUUGGUAAUUUUCCAAAAUCAGGAACAGAAAAAAAGGAUAAUUUAGAAAAAGAUAUUUUGAAUGGAUCAUCCUCAGUCAUGAAUAACUUUACUAGAGUUUAGAUUACAUCAAUCAUUUUAUAAUGAAGAUAAAAGAUUUUCAUUGUACAUAUGCUGUAAAAUAUAUUUUUCUGUUAACAGUGUCACUGAUUUAAAAUGUUUUCUGGAAGAUGUGUCAAAGAAUGAUGAAAGAUUUAAUUUUCGUAUUACUGUUAAAUAUUUCCAAAUAAAAAAGCACCUUUUUUGUUAUCUAAAAAAACACAUGAUUAAUUUUAAAUACAAAUAAAUUUCAGCUUCUGUAAAGUAACUUCUUUUUAACUUAAAAAAUAAAUAAAGCACCUUUUAUACCACAACUUUAAAAAAUUGAAUAAAGGGCUGAAGAGAUUGUUGUAAUGCUAAGAUGGCGGAGGGAUAAAAAGUUUGUUUGUAACUGCUAUAAAGUAGCUUCUGUAACUAUGGGACUUUUCCCCCUUUAACUGUAUUCUGUUCUACACCUUUUCUUUUCUCUUUUUCUCUUUACUGCUAUAUGUCUUUUAGCUAUGUAAAA